AUGUGGCCGAUCAAGCUUAAUGCACGUGGGAAGCACUCCAGUGCGGCUCCAGUGCUGAGGUCGCACGUGCCAAAGGAAAGAGGGCGGGUUAGAGAGAGCACAGACAGCACGUGCAAGCGCCUUUGCCCCGGAGAGAAUCUAAGGGAGCUUUUGGACAUGGAAGCUAACACCACGGGAUUCGGAAUUUGGUGGUUCCAACACGUCGCGAACUCCAGUAACAGUCCACCCUCCGAGUUCGCGGAAACAAGGAUGCAAGAUAAAAGCUUUUGGGAAAAAGUAUGCUAUUCGAGGCAAGGACAUAGGUGAAGUUAGGACUCAUUAGUU